AUGGAACGUAUCCAGUACGAAGAAGCUAAAGAGGAUUGGUCAACAUUGACAAUCUCUUUGCCAGAGUACCUGUACACAGAAAUCUACAGAAGGCUAAUAACGAAAAUAAUAUUUUUUCCACUCAACAAUUCAUACAUUGUUAGAACUUAUAAGAUAGAAAGAAGAGCUCAAAAUGACCAUGCAAUAGUGAAUGCAGGAUUCUGUUUCAGUUUUGAUAAAACCGAUGAUUACAGAGUUUUAGAAAAGCCAAGUAUUGUGUAUGGUGGAAUCGAUGGAGAGUUUAUCCAUGCAAGCUGCACAGAAUCAUUCCUGGAGAACAAGAAACUACUGAAUACAAAAACGCUGCAAGGAGCGUUACGCAGACUGAAUGAGGAGGUGAGACCUACCCGUAUACUCCCAGAUGCAACCAAUGAAUACAGGAAAGGACUCACACUUUCACUCUUCUACAGAUACGUGUUGAGCUUGAACCCAUCGGCAGUCAACCCAAGACUUAGAAGUGGAGGAGAGGACAUUGAGAGGCCGUUGAGUCAUGGCGUGCAGCAGUAUUACAGUGAGCCUGUGGAAUAUCCUCUGACUGAGCCUAUACCUAAGAUUGAGUCUCUUAUCCAGUGUUCAGGAGAGAUACAGUACUCCGGUGAUCUUCUGCCUCUGAAGGAUGAACUGUUUGCUGCUUUGGUUCUGACAGAACUUGGUCCAGCAACACUUGACGGAAUAAAUCCCAACGAUGCUCUGCAAAUUCCUGGUGUAGAGGCUUUCUUCAGUGCCAAAGAUAUACCAGGGUUAAAUACUAUUUUGAGUCCAACAACAAAUAUCUUUCAGCAGAUAGAAGAAUUAUUUGCCAGUGAUGAGAUUAAAUAUGCGGGUCAGCCUGUUGGAGUGUUGGUAGCUACAUCUCAAGAAUUGGCGAACUUUGCAGCCGAGAGGGUGAAAAUAACUUAUAAAUAUAUCAAGAAACCUUUACUUUACGUCAAAGAAGUGUUGGAGUCAGAAGAAACUGAGCGAAUAAAAUAUAGAGCGUCAAUUCGACCAACUGUAGAAAAAAAGGAUGUUGAACACAAAAUUGAAGGAGAAUACACUUUCAACGGUCAGUACCACUCAUAUUACGAGACGCACACCUGCGUAGUCCGACCAAGAGAUAACUUGGUCCUGGAUGUGAUGGUUUCCUCACAAUGGAUGCAAGGAAUACAUGAGGCUAUCUCUGCUCUCCUGAACAUGUCAGUGAACAGGAUAAAUGUGCAGAUUAUGAGGUGCGGAGGAGCGUAUGGUGGGAAGAUGAAUAGAAGUAACUAUGUAGCUUGCGCCACAGCAUUGUCCGCUUAUCUUCUUCAACAACCUGUCAGAAUGGUGAUGAAUUUGGAGUAUAACAUGAGAAGUUGCAUUGGCAGAUUCCUAAUGUACUCCAAAUAUGAGGUUGGAGUCAACGGUGAAGGAGUAAUACAGUAUUUGAAGGCAAACUAUUACAUUGACAAAGGAGCAUCUUUCAAUGAUUCAAAUACUGGAACUACUAGCAUAAAAGCACUUCCUUGUUUCUACGAUGUUUCAACAUGGACUGUUGACGCAUACGAUGUGUUGACGGACAAGUCACCGACAACAUUUGCUCGGGCUCCAGGUACUCUAGACACUCAAGGGUUAGUAGAACAUAUUAUGGAACACAUUGCUUGGACUAUCAAGAGAGACCCUACUGCAGUCAGACUAAGCAAUGCUGAAGAUGGUAGUCCCAUAGCUGAGUAUGUUGCUGAGGCCAAAUCUAAGGCUGAAUACACCUCUAGACUGGCUCAAUGCAGGGAGUUUAACAAGACCAAUCAAUGGAAAAAGCGAGGGUUGUCCUUACUCCCGAUGAAAUUUUACGUUAACUUUAAAGGAAGAUAUCACGCACUAGUAAGCAUCUACCGCAACAACGGCAGAGUCGUCAUUAGUCAUGCUGGUGUUGAAAUGGGACAAGGAAUCAACACCAAGGCAGCACAAGUAGCUGCCCAUGUUCUAGGGGUACCACUGGAGUAUGUCAAAAUAAAGCCCAACAACAACCUAGUGUCUCCUGACAGCAUUUAUACAGCAUCUAGCACCGGCAGUGAUAGUGUCUGUUUUGCUGUGAGGAAAUGUUGUGAAGAGCUAAAUGAAAGACUGGAAGCUGUGAGGCAAUCAUUAGGACCAGAUGUAGCUUGGCCUCUUCUUAUUCAAACUGCCUAUCUCAGGGGUGUCAACUUAAGUGCAUCUUUCAUGUUUGUACCGGAACGAGACCUGAAAGACUACCUAAACUACGGGACCACCAUAACAGAAGUGGAAAUAGACUGUUUAACAGGAGAGCAUAGGAUCCUUCGGGUAGACAUACUACAAAACCUAGGCAAGAGCGUGAGUCCACUGGUGGAUAUAGGCCAGAUUGAAGGAGCGUUCUUGAUGGGAAUUGGACACUUCACAAGUGAAAAACUCAUUUUUGACCCAAAUACUGGACUACUUGCUACAGAUAGAACCUGGGAAUACAAAAUACCCGGGGCCAAGGACAUUCCAGAAGAUUGGCGACUUUAUUUCAGAAAAGACCCUAACACUCCUCCAACUGGUGUAUAUGGAUCUAAGUCUGUUGGAGAGGCUCCUCUUGUUAUGUCUCACUCGGUUUUGUUCGCCAUCCGUCGAGCUUUGGAAUCCAUCAGAAGAGAUGUCGGAAUUCCUGAUACCUUUGUCUACAAUGAUCCACCAUGUACAACUGAGAAUAUCUUUCUAAGAAGCAGUACAAGGUUUGAAGAUUACAUCCUGUAGAAGAAGAGGGGUCACAAAUUAUUUUGGUACCUAUUUAAAGUUUUGUUUAGUGCCUGUAAUAUAAUGCAAAACUCUAUUUACUGUAGCUAUUAUUUUUAGAUAUGGCCCAUUUAAACAUUUAAAGUAAAAUUUCAAGAGAACCGUCCUUGUUUUAUAAAAGAAGUGUUAACCGUAAAACUAUAUUUGCGUCUUUUGAAAUUAAAUUUUACCAGACUUUUAUAGUUAAAUUUAUGUUAGCAUUUUGAUGUUAAUAUCCCUUUAUG